UCCGACUCUGUCAAAACUCGGCUGUGCGGCGUCUCAGUAUAUAUUUUACCGUUACAGUAUAUGUGUCUGUAUUUAUUUAUUUUCUUGCUUGAAACGAAGCUGACCAGAAGGAGCAGACUGUGUUCGUCUCACAGACUCCACUACAAUGCGUGCCAAACCUAAGAAGUGUUUUGUGCUGAUGUUGGUGGGAGCAGUCUUGCUUCUAGCCUUAUUUCACACUUGGAGUCCUGGCAACAGCUCAGAUGUUGACAUACAGCCCAGAUGGGGGAAAGCAAUAGAGAAACUUCUCCGGGAGAAAACAGCAGAUUCCGUCAGUGAUUACAAUGACAUUGCUUACCAUAUAAAGGAAACCAUAGCAGGUCGCUUGGCACACAAUGCAUGCGUUUGUGAGGCUGAUAAGGAGAUGUUUCACAUGCCAUUGUCCAAUCUGCUCUUCCCACGUGUGUGGGCCCAUGACCUGCACCUCGCCUUCUUGAGCUCUCAUCCUGAUCCUGAGGGUGUGAAGCAUCACAGGGCUCAGGAGUACAGCAGUUUUCAGAGGAGGUGGCAGUUUGAUUCAUUAUGCUCUUCUGCAGUAACUUUUAAAACCAAUGGACACGAGGCGUCUUUCACUAUCAAAAUUGGACAUCUUGUCGUCCCAAAACUGUACAACUCUGGAUUACACAAAGAGUACAAUAUCAGUGCCCUUGUUACUAUAGCAACCAAGACCUUCCUUCGGUAUGACAAACUCAAAGAUCUGAUUGACAGCAUACGGCAGUAUUAUCCAAGUGUCAAAAUAGUAAUUGCGGAUGAUAAUGAACACCCACAACCAGUGACUGGGCCUCACAUUGAACACUACAUCAUGCCGUUUGGAAAGGGAUGGUUUGCAGGAAGGAACCUGGCUGUUUCUCAGGUGACCACCAAAUAUGUGCUGUGGGUGGAUGAUGACUUUAUCUUCACUGCAAACACCAAGCUGGAGAAGAUGGUGGACAUCCUAGAAAAGACUACCCUGGAUCUGGUGGGCGGUGCAGUGAGGGAGGUUACUGGUUACACUGCGACCUACCGGCACACCCUUUCAGUGGAAGAAGGUGGAGAUGAGGGCGACUGCUUACAUAUCAGAGACGGUUAUCACCACACUAUCAAAGGAUUUCCAAGCUGUGUAGUAGCUGACGCAGUCAUUAAUUUCUUCAUGGGGAGGACGGAGAAAGUGCAGCAGGCGGGCUUUAACCCUCGCCUGGCACGCAGCGGUCAUCUGGAGUUCUUCAUUGAUGCACUGGGUUCCCUCCACAUUGGUUCCUGCAGUGACAUUAUUGUAAGCCACGCAUCAAAGAUCCAGUUGCCUUGGAGUAAAAGUGAAUCACAAAAGUCCUACGAAAAAUUCCGCUAUUCCUCCUCUGAUUACGAUCAGUAUAUUCAUAAUGAAGACUUCUACUUCAAGAACAGAUUUAAGUGCAUGACCAGUCAAUGACAUCUGGACUUUGACAUCUUUGGGUCAUGAAUGUGAGGUACUUUUACAAAAUGACAGCUAUGUUUGAGAUUUUUGAGUUGCAACUCAGAAAAUUUGUAUUGUUUUUGUACAGGAUAUUUGAACACUUGUUAAAUAUAAUUUGUGCUCAGAUUGUGUCUGCUGAACAGAUUAUUUUGCAUAGCAUGAGAAACCAAACGACCCUGUCUUCUUUUCUGCAGAAGAAAAUGAAACACAUACUUCUCAUUCACUGUAUACUGGUAUUUGUUUAAUGCGCCUUAUGAGUUUGUAAAAAAUACUGCAGAGGUUUGACACUGAUCCGUUUUAUCCCAGUCAAUGAAGUGGGACUGCAGUUGAUUUUAAAUGUUACUUAAUCCUGGAAGACUGUUAACCCCAGAGAAAUUAUAAAAAGAUGAUAAUUCUGUAAAUAAUGUAAAAAAAAAAAAAAAAUCAAUGUCACAGCAAUUAUUUUAUGUGCUUAAAAGUUAAAACAAGCAUCAUACUAUGUGCUUGUGCACAGACAGACCAUGCAAUGACCGUAGCCUUUAAAUGUGACGUUUCAAAAACAAUCCUAUCCUAGUUCAAUGUGCACUUCUAGUUCAU